GAUCACGCCCUUAACUAAACAGGUUCUUUACAGCAAAUGAAUUUUUGUACAAGUUAAACAAGAAGGAAUAAUUGAACACCAUGAAAAUAUCAAUUGUUUUAGCAUUAUUGGUUUCCCUGUCGUUGGCGAGGGAGCUGAACUCUCGUUUGGGCCCUCAAGACCACGCACAGCUUCACGACCUGCGCCUGAGCAGACUCAAGCGAUGGAGCUUCUGGCCUUUCUCGAGGAACACACAAACAACAACGACUAGCACAAGUACAACGACCACGACUGCACGCAGCAUCGUCAUAUCCCGAGAGACAACAAUGGUGGCUCCGAUACUAGAGGCAGAUAAGCAGCGAGAAACACCACCGAGAGGAUUUUGGAGUUCGUUCAAUCCCGUUCAAGGGAUCAGUAAUUUAGUCAGAAGAGGCUAUGACAAAUUUAAAAAUUCGACAAUGGGCCAAGCGAUUCGUAAUUCAACGAUUGGCCGCGCAAUUCGCCAAGGAACGAACGCAACAAGGCAGGGAAUAGUCGUCAUUGGGAGGAGGGUCAGCGACGCUGUGCGAUCAGGAUACAGAAAAAUAAGAAGAAAACUCACAGGCGAGCAGAAGUACGAAUAUUUCGUUGACAAAGUAAGGGACGGGGUAACGAGAGGUGAUAAGGACGCGAUCGCAAUGCUGGAAAGACUCGGUAUUAACGUAACGUACAGCAAUACUUCCGGUGUGUCGACGUCAGUGAGAAGAGAUCUCCCAACAAUAAAUGAGAUCCUCGAGAAAGAAGGGAUGCUGAACCCAAAUGUUACAAUUACAGGUGUGAUAACAAGUCCAGCAACUGAGACGCCAGCUGAUCGUGUUACCAGUCCACCUAAGUCAGUGGAAUCCACGGGAUUGAUCGGUACGAUCGAAGCACCGUUAGUAGAAGGGGACACUUCCCUCGAGAAUCAUAACCUGAAUUUCACAGACGCAGAUGAACAUUCUUCGUCAACUGCCAUUAUGGAUAAUAUCGCACCCACACAUGCAACUAUCGGAACCUCUACAUUUAUUAGUUCGAUAAACAGGGCCUUAGAGACAACAUCUAGCGGAAAUGAAAUUGACCUGACAGAGAAGAAUGGCGAGGGGAGGAAUCGGAGUGCGGAGGAAUCGGAGGAAGGCUGCACCGAAGAAAAAAAGGAAUCGGAGGAAGGCAGUACUGAAGAAAAGAAGGAAUCAGCGGAGGAUAACAGUACCGAAGAAAAGAAGGAAUCGGAGGAUAACAGUACCGAAGAGAAGAAGGAACCGGAGGAGGAUAACAAUACCGAAGAAAAGAGGGAAUCGGCGGAGGAUAACAGUACCGAAGAAAAGAAGGAACCGGAGGAGGAUAACAGUACUGAAGAAAAGAAGGAACCGGAGGAGGAUAACAGUACUGAAGAAAAGAAGGAACCGGAGGAGGAUAACAGUACCGAAGAAAAGAAGGAAUCGGCGGAGGAUAACAGUACCGAAGAAAAGAAGGAAUCGGCGGAGGAUAACAGUACCGAAGAAAAGAAGGAAUCGGAGGAAGAAAAGGAUCCGGAAAUAAAUUAUUCCACAAUAUUAACUAGUGUUAUUGUAACGCCGUCUACAGCUCCAUCAGCUCAGUCCACCACAAUACGCCCAACUACCACCACAACAACUCCCUCUACCACAACUCCAACCACCACCACAACAACUCUCUCUACCACCACAACAACUCCCUCUACCACAACUCCAACCACCAACACAGCAACUCCCUCUACCACAACCUCAACUCCCUCGACCACCACAACUCCCUCAACCACCACAACAACUCCAACCACCACAACAACUCCAACCACCACAACAACUCCAACCACCACAACUUCCUCUACCACCACAACUUCCUCUAUCACCACAACUUCCUCUACCACAACCACAACUUCCUCCACCACCACCACAAUUCCCUCUACCACAGCUCGCUCCACUACCCCUUCCGUCAUCACAACACUCAAGACCACAACGAAGCCCCUAACAUCCACCCCCUCUGGAGACGAUGUCGAUAUACUCCCACUCCCGGGCACGGAAGGCAGUGGGGCUCUUCCGAGCUCCCCAAAUGAAGAGAAAAAAGAUGAUUUCCCAGACCCAUUUGGUGCCCCACGAGGCGGGGACGGUGCUUUCCCCAACCCAUUUGCAGCCCCGACAAACGAAGAAGACUUUCCUGACAUAUUCAACAACAAAGUAAGAGAUCGUCUCAGGGCCAUCUAUGAGCGAGGCGACUUCAGUCAUGACGACCUCAAGAAUGCAUUCAAUUUUGACCCCAAUGACGCUUAUCAUUACUAUUACGACUACACUGAUACUAAGUAACUACUUGCAGCGUGAAACUUAAAAAUAUUUAUGUAUAUGUAAUGUAUAACCUAUUUACUCUAUAGCACUUCUGAUAAUGCAUAUUUUUAACGCUGGCGCACGAGUCCUAUUUGAUAAGCAAUGUGAUAGCAAUUAUGUGUUAUCUUUAACAAUUCAGAUUAAUGUGGCAAAAGACUUUCGUAACAUGAAAAUAGAUAAAAAGAAAGCAGAUUCAUGGAAUAUUGAAGUGUUCGAAGAUGGAGUGAAUUCUCAAUGUUUAUGAAUCUGAAAAAAAAAACGUAGUUACUACUGUCCCAAGCUAAGACCCAAAAUACACGUGGUUUGCACGACUGGCAGAUGUCAUGUGCAUCUAUUAAAUGUUGUUUUUCUUUUGUGAGUUGAGAAGUAAAAAGCAUCUAUUGGA